UGACGCGGUUCUAUCGAUCUCGAUCGGCAGCGAUCUGGCGAAGUAUGAUAUCAUCCUUGAAAAGCCCCCUAGAACCACCAAUUUACCCACCAGUUCCUACUAGACUUGCACUAGCAACACUCUAAACAACGAACGAUGCGGCGAACCCAAGAGCGCUCCGCUAUAUGGUUCGCCGAAAGGAUGGGGCGACCUGAUCGGGGUGGUAAGUUCUCGCCGAGAUGUGGAGGACGAUACGCAACCAGGUACUAGUCAGGUUGGUGGAGGAGAGAUAUGUAGUUCUAGUGGGGUUGACUCCAUUUAAGUGGUUAUGAUGUCGACUGAUGUCCAUAACGACACACGCUUGCGCAACAUCUACGGGAUGUGGGGUGAAUGGCAAAGAUGCUCUUACUCUAUUCCUUACAUGAGAGGGAAGGAGCAUCUUUUUAAUAAACCCUUUUGCACUCCACCAUCACUCUUGCCAACGAAGCCCUUGCAUGAUUAAACAAAACGCAUGUGCACAAAAUAUCUAUCAGUCGUCAAUUACCAUUAUCGUUGCAUCAUCGCCUGAACAAAUACCUCUUAAAUCCUCAUUACGACCACAUCGACUCACCUCCUCACACCACCCCCAACUAUGGGUUUCAAGUCCGGCAUCGCCCUCAAAAGCGUCCAGUGGGUCAUCCGUGCAGUGCAAUUCUGCGCCUCGGCCAUCGUCCUUGGGAUAUACUCCUACUACCUCGCAACACUCUCCAACCACUCCCUACCUAUCUCUGGCUACCUGCGCUCCGUCGAGGGCAUCUCUGGUGCUUGCGUGGUCUACACAGGUGCCUCGCUCGUCUUCCUGUGGUUCCUCGGCGGCUUCCGCUGGUUCGCCUUCCUCGCUGUCAUCCUUGACAUCGCCUUCGUUGGUGCCUUCGCCUACAUCGCCUGGGAGACACGACAUGGCGUCACGAGCUGCACUGGGCAAGUAGUGACACCCUUCGGCAACGGUGACGCCAACAGCAAGCCUCCCGGCGGCAAGGGCGGCGUCACAGCCCUCCCGGAGCUCGGGUCCGUUUGCCGGCUGGAGAAGGUCGCCUUCGCUGUGUCGAUUGUCGCGAUUGGCUUCUUCCUGCUCAGCGCAUUCGCCGAGAUCCUGCUAUGGAAGCACCACAAGCGUGAGAAGCGAUUCGGGCCAUCCCCAGCGAACAACUACACGGCUGGGUCAGCGCCGGUGAAGUGGAAGUUCUGGAAGCUUGGGAAUAACAAGAAAGACGCGAAUGCAGGACGCGAUAUGAACCCGCCAUAUGAGCCACCGGUGUUUCCGAUGAGCGCGAAGCCGGCGAAUACGUAUAUGAAUGAGGCAAAUCCAGGAGGGACGGGAGGCUAUGGCUAUAGUCGGACGGGGAAAGCGGAUUAUGCAAAGGAGCAGGGUUUAUAUGGCCAACAGGAGCAGGCUUCCGGGGUCGCAGGAACACCAGGACAGUAUUAGAGGGACGGCUGAUCAAGUUACGAAUUGAGAGGCGAGAGGCCUGUAUUUAAUUCUAGACGUGUCACGGUAGCACCUUUGUAAUACUCGAGUAAUAGAAC